AUUAUAUGCAUCGCGUUAUUUACCAACUAUUCCUUGACAAAAGAACAGUCUUGUUGCCUGAAACGUACUCCUCCUCCUCGUCCUCUAAAACCCUCACUUUCUGUUUUUGCCGAGAAAAUAAUAUUUAAAUUAUUCACCAUGGCUUCCUCUGCAAAGCCCCAAAGAUCCCUCCAAGAAAUCGAAGAUAUAAUCCUUCGAAAAAUCCUACUAGUUUCACUCACCGAUGACUCAAUCUCCACAACGGAUUCACGAAUCGUUUAUUUAGAGAUGGCAGCAGCUGAGAUCUUAAGCGAAGGCAAAGAUUUAAAGCUCAGUCGUGACCUAAUCGAAAGAGUUUUAAUUGACCGGUUGUCGGGUCAAUUUCCCCGGUCGGAGCCUCCGUUUCAGUAUCUGUUAGGUUGUUAUCGCCGUGCAACUGAAGAAGAGAGAAAAAUUAGUAACAUGAAGGAUAAAAACGUAAAAUUGGAACUUGAAUUAUCUAUCAAACAAGCAAAAAGACUGUUUAUUUCUUAUUGUAGAAUUCAUUUGGGCAAUCCUGAUAUGUUCGGGGGUGGUGAUUUUGAUUCAAAAAAGUCAACUCUUUCGCCGUUAUUGCCGCUAAUUUUUGCUUCUCUAGGCGGGUUUAGUAUUAGUGGUGGGAGCCAGCCGCCGCCCGUGGGGUUUUUGGAUGAAAUGUUUAGAGAUGGGGAUUUUGAUAGCUUGGAUCCUAUUUUAAAAGGGCUUUAUGAGGAUUUGAGAGGCAAUGUUAUAAAAGUGUCUGCUAUGGGGAACUUUCAACAGCCAUUAGGGGCUUUGUUGCAUUUGAUUACUUAUCCUGUUGGUGUUAAAUCACUUGUUAAUCAUCCUUGGUGGAUUCCUAAAGGUGCUUAUUUGAAUGGUAGAGUUAUUGAAAUGACUAGUAUUUUGGGUCCUUUCUUCCAUGUUAGUGCUUUGCCUGAUCAUACUAUUUUCAAGAGCGAGCCAGAUGUUGGGCAGCAGUGCUUCUCUGAAGUAUCAACUCGUCGACCAAGCGAUUUGUUAUCUUCGUUCGCCACAAUCAAGACUUUUAUGAAUAACUUGUACGACGGUCUAGAACAAGUUCUCCGAAUUCUUCUCAAGUAUGGUGACACCCGUGAGAAUGUUCUUCAGUAUCUUGCUGAGGUGAUCAAUAGAAAUUCAUCAAGAGCCCAUAUACAGGUUGAUCCUUUAUCUUGUGCAAGUUCAGGCAUGUUUGUCAAUCUAAGUGCUGUGAUGCUUCGACUCUGCAAUCCAUUUUUAGAUCCAAAUUUGACAAAAAGGGAUAAAAUUGAUCCACAAUAUGUCUUUGAAAGUAAUCGUUUGGAUCUAAGGGGGUUGACAGCUCUACAUGCUUCGUCAGAAGAAGUUACUGAGUGGAUGAAUAAAGGGAAUCAUGGGAAAACAGAGGUCUCUGUGCAAUCUAGUGAUGGUGAAAAUCGCUUGCUUCAAUCUCAAGAAGCCACCAGUUCUGGUAGUGGCACUAAUAAGCCUACAUCAAGUAGUGGUCAAAAGGCUAAAUACACCUUUAUUUGUGAAUGCUUCUUUAUGACUGCAAGGGUGCUCAACUUGGGUCUGUUGAAAGCAUUUUCCGACUUUAAGCAUCUAGUUCAGGACAUUUCAAGAUGUGAAGACACUCUCUCCACGUUAAAAGCCAUGCAAGAGCAGUCACCUACUCCGCAAGUGCAGGUGGAUAUUGCUCGCCUUGAGAAAGAUUUAGAGCUGUAUUCACAGGAAAAGUUUUGCUAUGAAGCUCAAAUAUUGAGGGAUGAAACACUUAUUCAGAGUGCACUUUCGUUCUACCGGUUAAUGGUGGUUUGGUUGGUUGAUCUGGUUGGUGGAUUUAGGAUGCCUUUGCCACCAACAUGCCCUAUGGAAUUUGCAUCCUUGCCUGAACAUUUUGUGGAAGAUGCCAUGGAAUUGCUUAUAUUUGCUUCUCGGAUUCCAAAAGCUUUGGAUGGCGUCGUUUUGGAUGAUUUUAUGAACUUCAUUAUCAUGCUCAUGGCAAGUCCAACGUAUAUCAGAAACCCUUAUCUAAGAGCAAAGAUGGUCGAAGUAUUGAACUGCUGGAUGCCUCGUAGAAGCGGUUCAUCUGAUACAGCUACUCUAUUUGAAGGGCACCACUUGUCCCUGGAGUAUCUUGUGAGGAACCUCUUGAAGCUUUAUGUUGACAUUGAGUUCACAGGUUCUCACACCCAGUUUUAUGACAAGUUCAACAUCAGACAUAAUAUUGCUGAACUUCUCGAAUACCUAUGGCAGGUCCCCAGUCAUAGAAAUGCUUGGAGACAGAUUGCCAGGGAAGAGGAAAAGGGUGUCUAUCUUAAUUUCUUAAACUUCUUGAUUAAUGAUAGCAUCUAUCUCCUUGAUGAAAGUUUGAACAAAAUUCUCGAACUUAAAGAAUUGGAAGCUGAGAUGUCAAAUACUGCAGAAUGGGAGCAAAGACCAGCUCAAGAGAGGCAGGAGAGAACCCGACUUUUCCACUCCCAAGAGAAUAUCAUCCGGAUUGAUAUGAAGUUGGCAAAUGAAGAUGUGAGCAUGCUAGCAUUUACAUCAGAACAAAUUACAGCACCUUUCCUACUUCCGGAGAUGGUCGAAAGAGUGGCCAGCAUGCUCAAUUACUUUUUAUUACAGCUUGUGGGUCCCCAAAGAAAAUCCUUGAGUCUUAAAGACCCUGAAAAGUAUGAAUUCCGUCCAAAACAGUUGCUGAAGCAGAUUGUCCACAUAUAUGUUCAUCUAUCGAGGGGUGAUGCAGAAAACAUAUUCCCAGCUGCCAUCUCCAAGGAUGGGCGAUCAUACAAUGAGCAGUUAUUUAGUGCUGCAGCUGAUGUCCUCAGGAGAAUUGGUGAAGAUAUGAGGGUUAUACAGGAAUUUGUUGAGCUUGGUUCAAAAGCCAAAGUUGCAGCUUCCGAGGCAAUGGACACUGAAGCAGUCCUGGGAGAGAUACCAGAUGAAUUCCUUGACCCAAUUCAAUACACUUUAAUGAAGGAUCCAGUUAUCUUACCUUCCUCAAGGAUCACAAUAGACAGGCCUGUCAUUCAAAGACAUCUUCUUAGCGACGCAACUGAUCCAUUCAACCGAUCCCAUCUUACAGCGGACAUGCUGAUACCAAAUGUUGAGUUGAAGGCAAGAAUAGAGGAGUUCAUUAGGAACCAAGAAUUAAAAAGGCGUGGGGAAGACUUUAGUAUACAGAGCUCUAAAGCAACAAUACAAACAACUACUGGAGAAAUGCUAAUUGACUAGGGCAUUGAUGCAAACAAGAUUCUUGACGUUGGAAGAAGGCUGUUAUAUUCAUUAUACUAUUACUAUAGCAUGGAAAAAGAAUUCCAAAAAAUAAUGAUAUUUAAGUUCGCUGUAUUUCAUCCAGUACAUUAAUAUUUAUUUUUUUCCUUCGGGAAAAUUACGUAA